ACACAAUGGCAAAAGUCAUUUUCUUCCUCUGUGUAUUUUCUUAUUGGAUUCUGCCAAUUAUCUCAUCCAAUGAUGCAUCAGUGCGAGGGUCUUCUGAUCUGUUAAGGGUUCAGAAAGGAGAAAGCAUCAGUCUGAACUGCAGUAUGAGAAACAAAUAUGAAGUCGCCUGGUAUCGCCUGAGAUCUGAACAACUGGAUCUACUGAUUGCAGCAGAGAAGCACGACACAGGAAGAAAACUUCUGACCAACUACAAAAAAAACAGUACUUUAGUGAAAAUGACUGCAGACACAUGGGUCACCAGAGUCUCUCUAGAGAUUUCUAGAGUAACAGAGUCAGAUUCAGGUCUUUAUUUCUGUGGAACAAAGUCUGACGCUCCAGAGAUGUUCUUCGACAAACCCAUCCGACUAGAAAUCGAGGGUCUUAUUGUAGUACAAGAGACAAAAGAAGUUGACGUCAAAGAUGAGGUGACGGUGACGGAGCGUGUGUUGAUGUUCGGUGGCAUUGCUCUGGCUGCGUUUGUGUUUUUUCUGGCUACAGUCAUUGCAGGAGGAAUCCUUCACUAUCGCGGUUGUGGAGGAGAUCUGGAGAUCUGGAGGAGAAGGACGGAGAUGGCGGGACCACAGCGAAGAGGCAGUGAGGGAAGAAGAAAAGCCAAAAAAAGCAAACACUCCCACAGCCAGAGCAAAUCUAAGGAGAGUCCGAGGAUAGUUAACCUCCAUUGGUGCAUGCAUUUUUUUCUGCUGUUUGUCCUGCCUGGUGCUUCUUCUCUAACUGUGACGGGACAAAAGGGCGGCUAUAUUACCCUGCCGUGUAAUUCAAGCUACAGAGGGGAUUUAUCCACUGUUCUAACAUUUGGGUCCACAACUGCUUAUGGUAACCGUCAGGAUGAACACUUCAGGGGCCGCGUGCACAAGAGUGGCAACUGUAACUUCGUUCUACAACCCUUAAACACCACUGAUGCAGGGAAAUACACGUUGCAUGUUAAUGCCAACGGUCUACCUAAAAGCUACAGUCACGACGUCCGUGUUAAUGUCAAUUUAACAGCACGGAUAGGCGAAGAGGUAAAGUUUGACGAUCUGCCGCGUGAUGCUGAGAGCGUCGAGCAUUUUACAAACACAGACCUAAUAGAUGUUUGGAGGAAAGGGCAGGGUUUCCUGACUGAUCGACUGACCGACAAGAAUGGCCGCCUGAUCAUUAAAAACUUCACAUUGAGUGACGCUGGAGCAUACAGAGUCCUGAACAAAACUGGAGGAAUCCUGGUCACUGUGACGGUCACAACAGAAUCAGGCACAGCAUCAAAGGACAUACAGGACCGCACACGUGAUGACAAAACUAAAGGCACAGAACGAGCUCAUGCUUGUAUUGGGGUGGUGGUUCUGGUGGCUCUGAUUGUGUUUGCUGUCUUCAUGAAGCAUCGAUGUCUGAACAGGAACAAGGAACAAGGGGUCCCAAUGCAAGAAACUGUACAGGGGCCCAGAUCACCAAACAACAGCAAUGGUUACUUGGUCGUUUGCUUUCAGUGCCAUCAGCUCUGCAGAGGAUCCUGUCAACAUAUCAUUUCCGACUGA